ACUUGUUGUUUAUACAUCGUUAUCUUAAACGAUUCUUUAUUAUUUUGUAUUACAAUAAACGUAUGACAGUAGUAAAUUGUGACUGUACUCAAAAUGAUGGAAAAUUUCGCAGUAGUCUUACAUGGACCGAAUGAUGUGAGAAUUGAAAAAUGGCCGAUGCCGGUUAUUGGAGACAAUGAGGUCUUAAUAAAAAUGGAUUGUGUCGGAAUAUGUGGUUCUGACCUCAAGCUGUACUCCAUGGGGCGCUGUGGCUCCGAGAAGUUAUCUAAACCCAUCGUUAUGGGCCACGAGGGAGCUGGCGUCGUAGUUCAGGUAGGGAGUCAGGUUACCACUUUGGUAGCUGGUGACCGCGUGGCUAUUGAGCCGACCCAGCCUUGCCGUAGCUGCACGUUCUGCCGCAGCGGCAGGUACAAUGUGUGCGAACAACCACGCUACUGUUCCACUGACGGAGCGGACGGAAACCUCUGCACCUACUACAAGCAUGUAGCUGACUUCUGUCACAAGAUACCGGACAAUGUGACAAUGGAGGAAGGUGCAGCCACCCAGCCACUAGCGAUCGCGGUGCAUGCGUGCUCACGCGCAGGAAUAAAGCUAGGCAGCACACUGCUGAUUAUGGGCGCAGGCCCUGUGGGCCUAUUAAGCGCCAUCACCGCACGGGCCAUGGGCGUCGCUAAGAUACUUAUGACCGAUAUGGUCGCCUCCCGGGUCGAGAUUGCUAAGAGGUUGGUUGCAGAUCAUACCUUGCUAAUUAAAUCGGAAUACAACGAAGAGGACAUCGUGAAGCGUGUGACAGAGACGCUGGGCGGCCCGCCUGACGUCACGAUAGACGCGUGCGGACACGAAACAGCGCAACGUGUCGCGUUGAUGGUAACAAAGACUGGCGGGGUUGUGCUGGUGGUAGGAAUCGGUGAGGGGCUGGUGUCUGUGCCGCUGAGUUCUGCUCUUCUACGAGAGGUCGACAUUCGAGGAUCCUACAGGCUGCUUAACUCAUAUCCAACAUCGCUCGCAGCAGUUUCCAGGGGCGUUAUCGAUUUGAAGUCUUUCAUCACACAUCACUUUCCUAUGGAGAAAGCAAAGGAAGCACUGGAGUACGCUAAGACGGGAGAACCCAUGAAAGUUAUAAUACAUUUAUAAAAUAUUUAUAUUGUACUUACUAAGUAAAACAACGUACAAAAUGGAAGAUAUUCUUUUCUACACUACUUAUAGUAUUUAUAAGAGAAGUUUGUUAAAAAUGUUGAAAGAUAAAAAUAUCAACAAUAAAAACUUAAAUUUACAAGUAUUGUAUAUUUUUGUAAUAAACUUUUAA